CCCUUCAGGCCUGUGAGAGUUCCCAUUGGUCUCAGGACUCCUGCGUCGGAAACGAGGGGGAGGAAAUGGCUGGGAAGGAAAAAGGGGUGUUGAAUUUGGAUAUUGGUGGGGACAUUGGUGGACGGAUCGGGUGCAUGGAGUUGGUGUCAGAGGAUCAGGACUCCAGGGUCCCAGCCCUGGAACCAUUCAGGGUGGAGCAGGCACCACCUGUAAUCUACUAUGUCCCUGACUUCAUCUCCAAGGAAGAGGAGGAGUAUUUGCUUCGACAGCUCAGCAUAGACCCAGAGUCUUGGAAACAAGAUUUCUCAACACAGACCACCUGUGCUGAGGUCUUCAAUGCCCCAAAGCCAAAGUGGACUCAGCUCUCUGGGAGGAAGUUACAGAAUUGGGGUGGGCUCCCACAUCCCCGAGGGAUGGUUCCUGAGCGGCUUCCUCUGUGGCUUCAGCGCUAUGUGGACAAAGUGUCUGACCUCAAUCUUUUUGGGGGUCUCCCAGCCAACCACGUCCUUGUGAACCAGUAUCUGCCUGGGGAGGGCAUCAUGCCCCACAAGGACGGGCCACUGUACUACCCGACCGUCAGCACCAUCAGCCUGGGCUCCCACACCAUGCUGGAUCUCUACGAGCCGCGGCAGCCAAAGGAUGAGGACCCUACAGAGCAGCCCCGGCCCCCACCCCGGCCGGCCACCUCGCUGUUGCUGGAACCCCGCAGCCUCCUGGUACUUCGUGGCACUGCCUACACGCGCCUCCUCCAUGGCAUCGCAGCGGCCUGUGUAGAUCCUCUCGACACCGCCUCUCUACCGCGCAACAUUGCCGCCUGCCCAUCGGCGCAGCCUGGAGCCCACCUGGUCCGUGGCACCCGUGUCUCGCUGACCAUCCGCCGGGUGCCCCGUGUGCUGCGGGCUGGACUGCUCCUUAGCAAGUGACGCCUGGCCCCAGGACCUGCUGGGCUUCCCGGACUAUCAAGUUUCGGACAGCUGCAACCCUGCAACCUUGAAACCCUGGGGAAGAGGCGGGUCCCCUGAGUUAUUUUCCCAGUAACUUUGUGGGAGCCACAGAAAGGCUUCAUUUCAAAUAAACCAACAAAAAUCUUU